CUGUGAUGAUCCGUUGAAACAAUGUCGUUGAUGCGCAAGGCGUGCCUAAUGCCAUUUAUGUAACGUAAGUAAGAGGAUGAUGUCUAGAGUUCUCUGUUUGACUCUGGCCACACGGUCCUGUUGGCAGUAUCUAUUCCGCCCUCAAUGACUUCCUUCUUCUACUCUUGUUACUCCUCAACUUCAACGUCAUCCUAAUCUUCCAUCAACAACCCUGUGAAUUUAUCUCUCUUGAAACUCCUUGUCGACCAUGGCGAGCAUGAACAACACUCUGACGCGAUACAAAUCGCUUCUUCCUCCAGACGUCAUAAUCGCCGAAUCAAAGCUUAGAUUCGCCGAACUCCAACACGCUAAUUUGGGCGCGCUCGUCUACCCCGAAAACGGCGGAUACUAUCUCAAAUUUCCAGAGGGCAAGGUCGUAGCCAUCGCUAAUGACCGGCUACGCUCCGUUAUUGACGAAAAUCUCGAGAGAGAUGGCAUGCAAGAAGAGGCUAACGAAACUAUGGAGGAUUUACGGAAAGCUGGGAUUGACGCCGAUAGGCUUAAGGCAGAAGCGAGCGAUAAGAUCAAGAGUGAUGGCUGCGUUCGGGAUGGUGAUUGUGAAGAGGAUGCUUCUAAUGAUUUCGACGGGCAUGCCUGUGGUCAACAACCAAAAGCGAAGUCUUAA